AUGGCAGGGAAGAUGAAGUUAGGUGCCAGGGAAGAUGGAGUUACGUGGCAGAUGGCAGGGAAGAUGAGGUUAGGCGAUUCAGUUCGAAUCAUAAAUUUAACGUCGGGUACUACGAAUGAGUUAAUCCUUCUCUUUCUCUCUCUCUCUCUCUCUCUCUCUCUCUCUCUCUCUCUCUCUCUCUGUAUCUCUCUCUCUCUCCGUUUCUCACUCUUCUCUUUCUCUCUCUCUCUCUGUAUCUUCCUCUGUAUUUUUCUCUCUGUCUCUGUCUCUCUCUCUCUCUCUGUCUGUAAGUCUGUCUAUCUCUCUCUCUGUCUCUCUGUCUCUCUCUGUCUCUCUGUCUCUCUCUGUCUGUCUCUCUCUCUCUCGAACAUAUUAUUGAACAUCAAUAGAUAUUGCGAGUGUUCUGUUGAUUUUCUCACACUCAAUCUAUUUCCCUGUCAGUCUGUCUAUCUAUCUAUCUAUCUAUCUAUCUAUCUAUCUAUCUAUCUCAGUCCUUUAUCACUCAAACUCUCUCUAUCCAUCAUUCUAUCUCAUUUUUGUAAUCGAACAUUAGCUUCGUUCGUUUUAUUCUUACCUUUCUCGUUCCUGUCUUGUUUCAUCUUUACUUUUCAUAACGAUCGCCUUUCAUUCUCUCUCUCUCUCUCCUCUCUUUCUCACUCUCUUUCUCUCUAUCCCGCUCUCUCUCCCCAUCUCCCCACCCCCUCUCCUUCUCUCCCUCUCUCUCCCACCUCUCUCUCUCUCUCCCCAUCUCCCCAUCCCCUCUCUCUCUCCCAAUCUCCCCAUCCACCCUCUCUCUCUCCCCAUCUCCCCAUCCUCUCUCUCUCUCUUUCUCUCUCUUUCUCUCUCUUUCUCCCCUCUCCCCACCCCCCUCUCCCCAUCUCCCCACCCCCUCUCUCCCUCUCUCUCCCCCCUCUCUCUCCCCAUCUCCCCAUCCCCUCUCUCUCCCCAUCCACCCUCUCUCCUCCCCCAUCCUCUCUCUCUUUCUCUCUUUCUCGCUCUCUUUCUCUCUCUCCCCUCUCUCCCCAUCUCCCUCUCCCCCAUCUCCCCCCCCCCUCUCUCUUUCACUUUCUCUCUCUUUCUCUCUCUCCCCUCUCUUUCCCCAUCUCCCCAUCCCCUCUCUCUCUCUCUUCCACCUAG